AUGGUGUUCGAAGAGUUGUGGAUACCGACGGAGGGAGUGAUACGAGUGUAUCACGGCAUUGAAUACGGGUUUAUGGCCAUCAAUUUGUGCUUGUUGACGCUGACAACAUAUGCCAUUGUGAAAAGUAAGUCGAAAUUACGGUAGAUUCGUAAUCACCAAUAGAUUCUGCGAAGUGUGAGGCGUGAAUUUUGAUGAUGCUAUUUUCAAUUUGUCGGGGAAAUAAUGAGCACUCCAUUGCAUCAAAAAUCGCAUCGCUGCCGAAAAAAUGAAUUGUGUCGAGGCAGGAUCAAGUUUCUCUUCAGUUCAGCGAUCGACGUAGCGUCUUUUUGCUCAUUAUUUUCCCGACAGACAGAUACAAAAACAUUGGUUUUUAGGACGUAGUUGCAAGUUAGCGCCCACCCUAAGAUUGGCUAAAUUUAGCCUUCAAACUUUCGGACCGUUAAACCCGAGGUCCUAGGCGCAGACCGUCACAACUCCUGUAGUUUGUGUCAUCCGUCACAAGCCCAUUCAAAUUCCAAAAAUCGAAACGGCUUUUGAUUGUUUGGCAUUUUGAAUUCAAAGUUCAAGCGGCCCCAGGGUGUCCCCUACACCGCCAAAAACACUCCCCAUGGCAUGCGUAAUUACCCUGUGUUUGCAAAGAUUUCCUGUUACUAAAUUUCCAGCUGCACGUAAACCCUGUAUUAAUGCUAUUUUUACAAAGGUCAUGGCAUUUGGCUGAAAUGUUGAAAAUUAGGGGUCAAUCUUAUAUGGAAGUACACCAAGUUCAAAUCAGAUUUUCUUUAGAUUUUGUACACGCGUUGAGCAUAUCCAAGAAACAGUCGUUUUUUCCAAAUUUUCCGCCAAAAAUCUUGGUCGUUUUUUGCGAAGCUCGAGCCAGGGCUCUCCCUUUCUUUUCGAAAAAGCCUUGGUAAUCUCCAACCGAAAAAAUUCGGGAUUUCUCAACCAUUUUCAACCGAAAAACACUUGUUUUCGGGGUAAAGGGCCCUAUUGCAAAAGGUCGUAACGACCUCAGUUUGCACCUUAAAAUCUUGUUAUUUCGCAGACAGAAGUUAAUGUCGCUUAAAAAUACAUAUUCCAAAAAAGAAGUCUCUGCGCCAUCCCUGACGGAAGCUGUAGCCUGUUUAUCUUUUUCAGCGCCAGUCACCUACCUCAGCAUCUACCGCUACUUUCUGCUGCAUGAGAUCAUAUGGUCGUUCGCGUUUGACUUCUCCAUGUGCAUCUUUAUCCCGAUUCUUCAUCUACCUCAUGUCUGUUAUCAAUCCAGUGGAUUUCUAAGCGACAUUCUAAACUCUAGUGGGCAUUAUUUUUUCAUCUAUGCACUCGUAGCACUUGUUGGAGGAAAAGCCUACUCCAUCUUGCUUUGCUGCUUUCAUCGGCACAUGCUGGCGCAUCGACAUACGAGACAUUAUUGGCAAAUCUUGAACCCACUGGCGGAUUUUCGUCUGCCGCAUGCGUUCCUUUUUUACGGCGUGAUUUAUGUUGUAAUUGUGGUCGCGACAUGGGUAAGAAAUGAGAAUUAGAGACAUAAGACCUGACUCUUUGCAGAUCACUAUCUUUGCCGUUGUGGACGACCCGGUUGCCGCUACAGCGCAGCUUCAAGCCUCGGACAGCCGAGUUCGAACUGUGUUGGCGCACUUCCCACACACCACAUGUCUGGUGGCCAGCAAACAAUACGAAUACAUUCUUCUCAUCCCGAUCAUGAUAUUGGUGGUUUGGGGCUUCGGGAUCGCCGCUUUGCUCUGCUCAAUGUUGAUUGUUCUCAAGACAAACCCCAAGGCGUACAUGUCCACCAUUCGCCUCCAAUGGACGUUGUAUCGCUCGCUGCUGGCGCAGCUAGGUGCAACCCUGGUAUUCAUGUACCUUCCGCUGUUAAUCUGGCUGGUUGUUGGACUGUUGGACGCGAAUUACGGGAUGUUAGUAGGGGUAAUUUGCAUGUCCUUACUGGCAAUGCAUUCAUCCGUGGACUGCGUUGUAAUCCUUAUAUAUGUAAAGCCGUUCCGCCGUGCCAUUCAACGAAUUUUCAAUAGCCAGCAACAAGAUACGGUCGUUUCGAAGGCCACCCGCAGUCCGGGUAGCCCGACCAAGGUAAAGCCGAAGCCGAGAAGCGAAAGCGUCUUUGCAUUCCCGCCACCGGCAAAUUUCAUGUUUACCAGACGAUCACUACCGCCGAUUACUUUAUGA